UACGUCAUCAUUCAGACGACCAAAGGGGGAGGGUGCGAGUAAUGAGCAUUGUCUUGUGUUUGGGCUCCAAACACGCACUGAUUUUUAUCGUGCAUCAAGUCCCCGCUGUGAAGGACGAAGCUUCGGGCAAAUCGCGGCAACCUGUUGGAUUCAUCUGGACCAUUAUAUGGUCCACAUAGCGGUGCUUGUGACUUGUUUAGGGGGAGACAUUCACCGCGAGACACGUGCAUCUCGUCAUCGGGACCAGGAGAGACGAGUCGCCGCCGCAGCUCGGCUCCGCUCCGCGCCGCGCCCGGUGUUUUGACGUUGACGACGAACAAGCCACUGAAUACGAGUCAAUAUGAAUUUCGAAAUUCCCACGGGACUUACAGACCUCCUACAGGAUUUCACUGUCGCUGUUCUGAGGGAAAGACCGGACGAUCUGGUGAGUUUUGCCGCCGACUACUUCAACAACCUGCGGGAAAGGGAGGACAGACCGGGCGGACAGAAGAGAGGCGUGAAGUUCGAUGGCGAGCCCAUGGAAAAUGGUUCAGACGACGACGACAUUCUAGACGAGCCGCCUCCGAAGAGAAUUCUAGACAGCUACAAGAGAAGGAGACAGUCAGUUUGUGCAGAAAGGUAUGACCCAGACGCAGAUGAUGAGGAUGAUGACAAGAAGGUUGUGCACCCCAAGUCAGACAGUCAGAGGACCAGGCUAGCUCAGGCCGUGGCAAGCAUCCUUCUCUUCAAGUCCCUGGACCCGGAACAGAUGCAAGAGGUGCUGGAUGCAAUGUUCGAGAGAAAGGUGGUCCCAGAUGAGCAUGUCAUAGACCAGGGUGAUGACGGGGACAACUUCUAUGUCAUUGACAGUGGCACCUACAACAUCUAUGUGAAAAUCGACGGCACAGACAAACAUGUGGGUUCCUACGACAAUACUGGCAGCUUUGGAGAGCUGGCUCUCAUGUACAACACACCCCGCGCUGCUACCAUUGUGGCCACAUCCGACGGCGUACUGUGGGCUCUGGACCGUCAGACCUUCAGGAGGAUAUUGCUGAAGAAUGCCUACAAGAAGAGAAAGAUGUACGAAAACCUGCUGGACAAUGUGCCCAUGCUCAAGACUCUGGAGCAAUUUGAGAGAAUGAAGGUUGCUGAUGCACUCAUGACCCAGAGUUUCGAGGAUGGUGAAGUCAUCAUCAGACAAGGUGACUCUGCAGACUGCAUGUACUUUGUGGAGGAAGGUGUGGUGAGGAUCGCCAUGAAAAACAAGAAUGCCGACGACCCUGACAAGGAACUGGAGGUCACCAGGUGUAAACAGGGAGACUACUUUGGAGAACUGGCGCUUGUGACCAACAAUCCCAGAGCAGCCUCUGCCUAUGCAGUGGGCAAAACCAAAGUAGCAAGGCUGGACGUCCAUGCGUUUGAGCGGCUGCUGGGCCCCUGUAAGGAGCUGAUGAAGCGGAACAUCGAGCUGUACGAGGAACAGAUCCACGAGAUCUUCGGCUCCAAGCUGCAGCUACAGGAGUCGCAGUGAACCCAGACACACACCACCAGACACCAACAUCAAACUUGUAGAUAAGAAUAAAAAACAGCUUUACUGGCUGAAGCAUUUCCAAAAUCGUUCACGUUAACCCGGUUUACACUUAAAUCGUCUGGUAUCAAAUGUUCGUUGGUUGGCACACGCUUGUGCUGAAUGGCAUUCCCUUUAUUUUGCUCGGUACUUUCUUUGUUAGUUUUCCCAGCAGUUUGCGUAUUGAUGUGGUGAAGUUGAUAUGUAAAUGAAGACAAGAGUUAGGUUUGCAUUUGUUGUUAAGAGGGCGGACAAUGUGGGCUUUAUUUAGGGUAGGAGUAAGAUGUUUAAAAGUGCCAAGUUGUACCGUUCUGUUUGCACAAAGCACCGGCUUCUCCAUGUUGGUUGAAUCUUACUCAUGAGAUUACAAUUAAUUUUUUUAAGAGAAGGAGGUCCAGAUUUGGAAUGUUUCAUCCUUUUUAGCUGUUUUAAAGCCCUGACUAUAUUAUGCAUAAUUAUGUAGCAUCUGCUGGAGUGAUGUUAACUCAGAGAGCUGCGUUUUCUACCUUGGACAAUUUGAUACAGUGGACAGUGUACCACAGUAGACGCCAGUUGUGUAGAGAUGCGUUCACUGUUCUCUAGUGCGUCAAAAAAACUAGUGGAAACAAGAGUUAUAUCAGGGAACGGAUGUCGUUGUUUGUAUAUGGCGAUGCCCAAAUAAACAAGGUGCUAUGCACUUUUAAGUAGCACACUGACACAAUGAAUAGGUCGCUUGCCUUUAGCACAUUUGGGUUCCGAGCAUCAGUCACUGCUAUAUAUGUUUUCUUUCUCUGAGUGUCAAAGUUUGUUGUGAGACAUCUAUUUUAUAGAGUAGGAACAAUUUGAGAUAUUCUAUACCUAACAACACUAUUCACAAACUUGUUGAAGUAAAAAUGUAAGAAGAAAGAUGUUGCUGGUUCAACAGUUUUGUAGGUUUCUGUAUCAUAGUUAUAUAACGGUUUUGUGGUAGCCAAAUGUUCUGCAGAAUAUAAUGGUAUUGAUGUAGCCAAUUUAGUCCAACUUUUAUUUUUACUAUCGGAAAAUCGUCACCAUGCAUAACCUGAACCCAACAUACAUACUCCCUAUUUUUUCAUUCCUUCAUCAUCCAUUGUUUCAUAGUUAUGCCAGUAUUUUUCCUGUAAAUGAUGAUUUCUGUAUUUAUCAUUCUAGUACGCUCAAUCAAGAUAUUGUAUAAUGGUGUACAUCUAGGAAAUAUAUGGUACCGUCCGUCAGUAUUACACAGUCUGUACCUUGAAGCGCUUGGAAACUUGGUUGCCAUCACUGUAGCGUGUAUACAUCAUUAGGCACCUGUCAUGUUGUUCAAGUUUGUUGUACUUACCAAUAUGUUAUAUCAAGCCAUUUCUCCCCAGCUCUGUUGUUGGCAAGACGGUUCUGUUCCGAGGUGCACAUUCUUGCCACAUUUGAUUGCCUUGUCAGCUGUGGCUUCGGACAUUCCAUUUUCAAUUUGUCAAAUAAAAGGUUUAUUUUG